ACGAACGAAACAAUAUUGUGUUGCGUGUUUAAAUAAUUGCAGUUACGCGUAGCGUUAUCAAGAAAAACUUAAGUUGAUGAGUAACGUAGUGAAUAAAUAAGCAGUAAGAGACCGCGUUAUCGGAGUCAGGGAUGCAGCAGCGCCCGCGACGCUUUCGUAACCGCGGCUCAAUCUUACAUUAAAUUUACAACUCAGGUUUUUCGGAAACGACAGUUCAAAAGAACACGGAUUAACGCGCCGUAGUCAUACGCGCAGCGGCGCGCCAUCAGUACAUCAAGUGUGUGAACCAAAUAUUAAACGACUCUCACUUUUACUUCCAAUUCGAAUGCCACAAGGCCGGCGACAUGAGCGACAUGCGCUGGGGCGAACUUACGAACUCUAAAACAGUACUCACGGGAGGAAACCUAAGGAGGACAUGGACAGAAAAAUCCAAAGGAAUAUUGAAGGAUAUUAAGAAUUUCUGGAGAGAAGUCACAGUUGAACCAUGUUUAUUUACUUACAUGCUUUGUACAGCGCUCUCAUCGUUCGCCGUACAGAAUAUGCAUUUGGAAAAAUCUUGCAGAGUCAACUUAAAUUAUGGGACUGAAAUUUGUGACAGGAUCAGGCAACGGAACGUAACAGGAUUGGAUGAACAAAUGAAAAAUAUUGAGACAUUAGUAGCUCAAGUGGUUGCUUGGAAAUUCCCGCUUCAGACUGCUAUUCCUGCGGUAAUGGUGCUUUUUGUUGGAGCAUGGAGUGAUAAAAACAAGAAAAGGAAGAUUUGUAUAUUAUUUCCCAUGAUCGGAGAGAUCAUUGCUAACAGCGGGCUGCUUUUGGCAACUUAUUAUUUUCAUGAAGUAUCUCUUACGGCGACGGUGCUUAUCGAAGCACUUCCCGCAGCGUUUACUGGAAGUUAUAUAAUUAUAUUUAUGGGCAUGUACAGUUUCAUCGCAGACAGGACGUCUGUGGAGAGCAGGACUUUCCGUCUAGGGCUUGUAUCGAUUUGUAUUAGCUUAGGGACUCCAGUAGGGACUGUGCUAAGUGGAGUGUUACUAAGAAUUCUGGGGUAUUAUGGCAUAUUUUCGCUGCUCCUUGUGCUGCACAGUGGGUCCUUUUUGUAUGGUGUUUUGAAACUUGAGGACGUUGUCUCUCCAGAAGACGAUAGGGGUGAAGGUUGUAAUAAUGAUAACAAGUUUAAAAAGGCAAUAACUGAAGUAUUGGGGCUUGUUGUUAGUACAUUGAUGGUGGCGUUUAAACCGAGAUCAUCUGGAGGACGUUUGGAGAUAUUUCUGAUCCUUGGACUGUACAUCAUUAUGGUCGGCCCAUUAUACGGUGACUCACAAGUGGCCUAUCUGUAUGCAAUACGAAGAUUUAAUCUCACGGAGGUGGAAUACAGCAUUUAUGGUACCAUAAACAUCGUCUUGGGACUAGUAGGUACGUUCUUCUGCAUAUCAGUUCUCAGCAAAAAAUUCCAAGUAGAGGACAGCAUUAUAGGCAGCCUGGCAGGAGUGAGCAGGAUAGCCGCAUGUUUCGUUUUCGCUUUCGCGCCUACGAGGCAGUGGUACUACUCUGCCCCCGUGUUCAACAUCUUCAGUUCUUGUGGUCUGACCGCCAUACGGUCCAUCGCUACUAAAAGCGUGCCUGGUCAGGAAGUUGCAAAACUGAGCUCGCUAAUAGGAGUGACAGAAGCCAUCGCGCCGUCCAUCUACAUGCCUACCUCCAGCCUUAUCUAUAUCAACUCCAUGGACACCUUUCCUGGGGCAUUUUACCUUUUUGAUGCGGCAGUGACGGUCGUCGCACUCGGACUAUUUGUAGUAAUAUACAUACUGGUGAAGCGGAGACAACGGAAUAGGGUCAUCAACCCAGCGAGGAAAGAACAAUUUGCAAGAGACAAUCCUGAUCUUGAAGUUUCUAGAAUUUAAUUUUUAUAGAAAUAUUU